CCCCAGAGAAGUGCGUACAGUAAAAAAUAAAUAAAGGGUAACUAAUGGAGUCCUCACGCAAGUUCUUCCCGGCUGUCGUCAUCCUACUGCUGCUCGUUGUCAUGGCCACUGAGGUGGCGCCAGCGCUGGCAAGGAACUGCGAGGCGAAGAGCGCCAAGUUCCAUGGGACAUGCCUGACGGACAAUGAAAACUGCGCCAGCAUGUGUCGGACUGAGGGUUUCUCCAGCGGUGACUGCAGCCCCUUCCGGCGUCGCUGCAUCUGCACGAAGCCAUGCUAGGCGGUCAGAUUAUGUGAAAGGCAGCCUUCAGUGCUGCUGGUCCACGUAUGGUACCUGAAAUAAAAC